AUGGGGGAGGAGGACAGAGAUGUUAGAGUUGGGGCAAGGAGAACAGAGAUUAAAAAAUACAGAUAUGGGAAAGAGGAAAAAAAUGAGAGACAGAUAGACUGGUGGGACAGGGAUGAGAGAGAGAUAGAUGGGGUGGCAGAGAUGGGAAGGAGGGCGAAGACAGAAGAAAAGAAGAAAAAAAACAACCAUACAAUGUUGGGCACAGUAUUUAGCAACCCAGAGAAUGAAGUGUGGACAUAUAAUAAAUGCCUAGAAAAGCUGGAACACAUACAGUACUGCAUCAUGGGGGAAAAAAUAAAGUUCAAAACUGAUUGUUAUGUUUGUAAUGAGUCCAAUUUUGACUUACAACUGUUUUGGCAAUAUGUUGAUGAUGAUGAUGAUGAUGAUGAUGAUGAUGAUGAUGAUGAUGAUGAUGGAAAGCCAAUUGAGGAGAGAGUCAUUUUCAACAUUGUCAACUUCAGCAAAACAAAAAGCCUGUACAGAGAUGGGAUGUCCCCAGUCGUGAAGUCUACAAGUCGACCAAAAUGGCAAAGAUUGCCCUCAAAGAAUGUCUACUAUUAUCGCUGCCCAGAGCACCGCAGAAACUACGUCAUGUCUUUUGCGUUUUGCUUUGACCGAGAAGACGACGUUUACCAGUUUGCUUAUUGCUAUCCGUACACGUACACUCGUCUGCAGCAUUACUUGGAGAAUCUGGACAGACUGAACCUAGACUAUGUCCAAAGAGAACUGCUUGGCUUAAGUGUGCAACAACGAAGACUUGAUCUUCUUACUAUAACCAACCCCAUCUCUCCCUGGAAUUACAGAUCAAAUGGAAUCCAUGGUGCUUCUCCGGUGGCAAUAGGACCAGAAAAUGCAGACUUGGCUGGAACAAAUGAAGAUUUCUCCAUUGAGCUGAAGACAGACAAUCUGGAAAUGUGCAAGCCUGAGCCGGGGGUGCAGAAGAUCAGCAAUGAGGAGGCAAACACAUCCACUUUCUACCCUGCUCCGGACAAGUACAUUCUAGAGAAUGGACAAGUCCACCUGGGCAGUGGUGUGUGGGUGAAUGAGGAGAAAUGGCACCAGCUGCAGGCGACACAGGGAGAUUCCAAGUACACAAAGAAUUUGGCUGUUAUGAUCUGGGGCACGGAGAUCCUGAAGAACCGCAGCGUCACCGGCGUGGCUACAAAGAAGAAGAAGGAUGCAAGUCCCAAACCUCCACUAUCACCUCACAAACUUAGUGUUAUCAGAGAAUGUAUGUAUGACAGAAUAGCACAAGAGACAAUGGACGAGAAUGAAAUUGCACAGCGGCUCUCCAAAGUCAACAAAUACAUCUGCGAAAAGAUCAUGGACAUCAACAAAUCAUGCAAAAACGAGGAGAGGCGAGAGGCAAAAUACAGUGUACAAUAAACCUGUGAUGUUUUACAAGUU